AUGAAACCACAAACACCACUGAAGACACCUACUUCCAAGAAGUUGGGAUCUUCUGCCGGUGGAAGUACCAAUUCCAAGAAAAAACAAUCAUCCUUAAUGUCGUUCUUUAAACCCAUGGCUGCCAAAUCAACAGACCCUGUACCACCAAAACAAUCGGUUACCCAAGCACCUCCACCUUCGUCAUCUCCAUUGCAAUCGAGAUCCACCAAACUUGAUACGAACAGUGAUAAAGAGAAUGAAAGUAGAAUAGACCAAGAUGGAGAUACAACAAUGAUGACUUCAUCACAACCGGAAGCUCAUACAGAAACUCCUAGUAGACCUCCAGUAAAAGCAAAAGCUCCAACUAGAUCAUCUCCAGAGUAUAGUAAACGACCAUUGGCUGAAAAUAAUAUGAAUUCCAGUCCAGUUGCAAAUCGUCGGUCAGCAGGUCGUAACAAAGGAAUCAAUUACGCUGAAUCCGAUAGUGAAGAUGAAGUGCUUAGCAAAAGAAAGAGAAGAAAAGUUAUGCCUAGUGAUAGUGAAGAUGAACCUGAUUUCAAACCUUCUGAUGUGGAAUCUGAUGAUGAUAUGAGUGAUUUCAUAGUUGAUGAUGAUAAAGAAAGUGAUGCAGAAAUACUGGCAGAUGACGAUGAAGAUGCUGAUGAUGUGCCUAUAAGUAAAUCCAAAAGGAAAGCCAAGCGUAGUACAUCUCCUCCUACGAAAAGGUCCACACCAGUUAAAUCAUCAAUGACAACUUCCAACGUCCUUGGAAAUAAAUUUAAUGCAAAUUCAUCUUAUACAUCUGCUCCAAUCUCAACUCCAUUAGCUAAGAAAACCAUCGCUAAGGGUACCUUCACCCCACCAUCAUCAACCAAAAAAUCAUUUGCCAAAGAAAAUGAAGAAAGGUACCAUUGGCUAGUUGACAUCAAAGAUGGAGAAAAGCGUCCAAUGUCGGACCCAAAUUAUGAUCCCCGGACAUUAUACGUCCCCCAAUCAGCCUGGUCAAAAUUCACCCCAUUUGAAAAACAAUAUUGGGAAAUUAAAUCACAAAUGUAUAAUACAGUUGUAUUUUUCAAAAAGGGGAAAUUUUAUGAAUUAUAUGAAAAUGAUGCCAUGAUUGCCAAUACUGAAUUUGAUUUAAAAAUUGCUGGUGGUGGGAGAGCAAAUAUGAAAUUGGCGGGGAUUCCGGAAAUGUCAUUUGAAUACUGGGCGAAAGAAUUCAUUAGUCAUGGAUAUAAAGUCGCUAAAGUAGAUCAAAAGGAGACUUUGUUGGCUAAAGAAAUGAGAGGGGGUGCAACUAAGGAAGAAAAGAUCAUUAAGCGUGAAUUAACUGGUAUUUUAACUGCUGGGACAUUGACGGAUUUGGAUAUGAUUAGUGAUGAUAUGUCGACUUAUUGUUUAAGUAUUAAAGAAGAAGAAAGUGAAGAUGGAAACACCAAGAUAUUUGGAGUUGCAUUUGUGGAUACAUCCACUUCAGAAUUAAAUCUUAUUGAAUUUGAAGAUGACCAAGAAUGUACUAGAUUAGAUACAUUAAUUACUCAAGUUAAACCAAAAGAAAUUAUUUGUGAAAAGGGGAAUCUUUGUAAUAUUGCCACUAAGAUCUUGAAAUUUAGUGCUCAUAAUUCUCAUCAAAUCUGGAAUCAAUUGAAUCCAAUUACGGAAUUUUGGGAUUGUGAUAUAACUUUGGAAAAUCUCGUGAGUGGUAAAUAUUAUAAUGCGGUUGAUUUGGAUGAUUAUUCCAAGUUUCCUAAAACAUUAGUUACAUUUAAAGAAAAUCAUCAAGUAGCAUUCAAUGCAUUUGGAGGAUUGUUAUAUUAUUUGAAAACUUUGAAACUUGAUUCAAGUAUAAUGAGUCUUGGGAAUAUCAAUGAAUAUAAAAUAUCCAAGAAUGAAACUUCUCAUUUGAUUUUGGAUGGUAUAACUUUAAAUAAUUUAGAAGUCUUAAAUAAUAAUUCUGAUGGUGGUGAUAAAGGAACCAUAUUCAAACUAUUGAAUAGAGCCACUACUUCCUUCGGUAAAAGACAUUUGAAAAGAUGGGUCUUACAUCCACUUAUGAGAAUCGAUGAAAUUGAUCAAAGAUAUGAUACAAUUGAUUAUUUAAUGAAUGAUGGAUUGGAAUUAAGAGCUAAGCUUCAAGAUUGUUUGAGUAUUUUACCUGAUUUGGAAAGAUUAUUAGCCAGAAUUCAUGCUGGUACAUUAAAAUUCCGCGAUUUCUUAAGAGUGAUUGAAAGUUUCGAACAUAUUGCUCGAUUCCUGAAACAAUUCGAGGGAUUUAUUAGUACUGAUUGUGGAGCAUUAUAUAAGUAUUUGAAGGAAUUUCCUCAACAAAUGGUGGAAUUGACAUUGGAAUGGGAUGAUGCAUUCGAUAGAGAAAAAGCCAAGACUGAUAUUACUAUCCCUGCUACUGGUGUAGAUGAAGAAUUUGAUGAUUCACAAGCAAAAAUAACGGCUUUGGAACAACAGUUAGAUCAAUAUUUGAAGGAAUAUAAGAAGCGAUUCAAAUCUCAAGAAAUAUUCUAUCGUGAUUCAGGAAAGGAAAUCUAUCUUAUUGAAUUCCCAAACAAAUUAGUUAAACAAGUUCCUCAUGAUUGGCAACAAAUGGGUGCCACAUCAAAAGUGAAAAGAUAUUGGUCACCAGAAGUUCGGAAAUUAGUUCGUGAAUUGAUGGAACAACGAGAAUUACAUAAAAUGGUUUGUGAAACAUUGAAGAGUAGAAUGUAUGGUAAAUUUGAUGCCCAUUAUUCAGUUUGGAUGAAGGUAAUCCAAUGUAUGGCCAAUAUUGAUUGUUUAUUAGCUUUAACUAAAGUUUCUGAAACUAUUGGAUAUCCUUCAUGUCGUCCAAAAUUCGUGAAAGGAGAUCGAGGAUAUAUCAAUUUUAAAGAAUUAAGACAUCCAUGUUUUAUAAGUACAAAAGAAUUUAUUCCUAACGAUAUUAUGCUUGGUGGAAAUGAACCUCAUUUUGGAUUAUUAACUGGAGCAAAUGCAGCUGGUAAAUCUACAUUAAUGAGAACAACCGCACUUGCGGUGAUUCUAAGUCAAAUUGGAUGUUAUUUACCAGCUGAAUCGGCCGAAUUAACUCCCGUAGAUAGAAUUAUGACAAGAUUGGGUGCAAAUGAUAAUAUCAUGCAAGGAAAAUCAACAUUUUUUGUUGAAUUAUCGGAAACAAAGAAGAUUUUGAGUAAUGCAACCCCGAAAUCAUUGGUGAUAUUAGAUGAAUUAGGUAGAGGUGGUUCAAGUAGUGAUGGUUUUGCUAUUGCUGAAUCUGUAUUAUAUCAUUUAGCUACUCAUUUACAAUCAUUAGGAUUUUUCGCAACCCAUUAUGGAACAUUGGGUCAUUCAUUCCAAAACCAUCCACAAAUAAAACCACUUAGAAUGGGGAUUAUUAUUGAUAAUCAUUCUCGAAAUAUUACAUUUUUAUAUAAAUUAGAGGAAGGUACAGCACCUGGUUCAUUUGGGAUGAAUGUUGCAUCAAUGUGUGGAAUUGCUGAUUCUAUUGUGGAUAAUGCAGAAUUGGCAGCAAAACAUUAUGAACAAACUUCAAAAUUGAAGAAAUCGUCUAAUGAAGAUGUUGCAAUUGAUAAUGAAUUAAGUUUGGGGUUACAAAGUGAUUUUGUUUGGUUAAGUAAAGAUCAAUUGAAUGUCUUGUCAAAAGAUAUUUUGAAUUAUGAAGAACCAGUUAGACAACAUGCACUUGAGAAUAUCUUUAAAAUGAUAGAGAAGUUGUAG